AUGAUAAUCUAUGGUCCAAACAACACUCAGUACGAUGAGGAUCUUGGUCCAAUAAUGAUCAACGAUUGGUAUCAUGAGUAUUACGAGACUGUCAUCGACGCCCUCUUCGCUCCACUUCCUGCCGCGAAUAUCCCCAUGAGCGACAAUAACUUAAUCAACGGCAAGAACAGCUUCGACUGCUCUCAGACCAAUCUGCCAUGCAAGGCCGAUGCUCCUAUGGCCAGCUUCAACUUUACCAGUGGCAAAACAUAUCGAAUGCGUUUCAUCAACCCAGGCUCUGCCGCCACCCAGAAGAUCUCAAUCGAUAACCACAAGUUCACAGUCUUUGCCAAUGACUUCGUCGAGAUUGAGCCAUACGAGACGGAUGUGCUUACUCUUGCUGUUGGUCAGCGGACAGAUGUUCUCGUUAAGGCGACCGGAACCCUUGGAGAUGCUGCCUGGCUGCGCGGCUUCAAGCCUCAAGCCUGUUGGCCCUCCCACGGCGGAGAUGAGGUCAAAGCUGCGAUCUUCUACCAGGGUGCCGAUCAGACCAAGCCUCCUACCACAUCAGCGGGCCCCAAUGCUUACAAUCAGUACUGCGGCAACGAUCCACUUUCACAGACCGUACCCGCCAUGAAGCUUGAUCCAGGUAAACCCACAAGCAGUGAAGUGAUCCCACUAGAAUUCAAACCCAACGGCACAAAUAUCCUCUGGUACAUGGCCAACCGCACUUUCAGAGUCAACUACAAUGAUCCCAUGCUUCUGGAGGCUAAGCUCGGCAAUCUCAACUUCCCAUAUAUUGAGAACGUACACAACUAUGGCAACAACAAGAGUCUCCUCUUCGUCAUUGAGAACACUGGACCACAGCCUCAUCCUAUGCACGUUCACGGCCACAACAUGUUCAUCCUCGCCGAGGGUGACUGCAUUGGCAAUUCGACAGUCUUCGGAAAUGCCCCAGGUGUCACUCAGCCAGGAAAGAACUCGACGUUAAUUACAAAUUCGACCAUAGUCACUCGUGACCUGGAGGGGCGGCAGAGCAGCCCGUAUGGUAUGUGCUGGGAUGGCAAGAUCACCAACCCGCAGAAUCCACAGCGUCGAGAUGUCCAGAUGUUGCCGGCCCGGCGAUAUAUUGUCGUGCAAUGGAACCAGGAUAACCCGGGUACAUGGCCCUUCCAUUGUCAUAUCGCUUGGCAUCUAAGUGCGGGUUUUGUCUGGUCCGUGCUUGAGCAGCCCGAUGCUAUCAGGAACGAGAUGCAGAUUCCUUCGAUCAUGGCUCAGACAUGUCGUGACUGGUCCGCUUGGACUGGCGAUCAUAUUGUGGACCAGAUUGAUGAUGGCUUGUAG